AUGAAGAAAAUGGAAGCCGCUAAGAAGGAAGAUAUCAAGAAAGGUCCAUGGAAAGCCGAGGAAGACGAAGUUCUCAUCAACCAUGUCAAGCGUUACGGUCCUCGUGACUGGAGCUCCAUUCGAUCCAAAGGUCUUCUUCAACGCACCGGAAAGUCAUGCCGUCUCCGUUGGGUCAACAAACUCCGUCCCAAUCUCAAAAAUGGGUGCAAGUUCUCGGCAGAGGAGGAGAAGACGGUGAUUGAUUUGCAGUCGCAGUUUGGUAACAAAUGGGCGAGGAUCGCUACGUAUCUACCGGGAAGAACUGAUAACGAUGUGAAGAACUUCUGGAGUAGCAGACUAAAGAGACUCGCUAGGAUUCUCCAUAACUCCUCUGAUGCAUCGAGUUCUAGUUGCCUCAAUCCAAAACCUAGCAAGGGCAAAAACGUCAAACCAAUCCAAUCUCAGAGUAUUGGUUUUGUUGAGGAAGAGACUAGAGCUUCUUCUUCUUCCACUUCCAAGAUUCUCCCUUACUCAUCAUCAUCAGCAGACCAAGUUGUUGAUGAAGCCUUGAUCAGGUCGCCGGAACUAGGUAUUAGGUUAGAGAAUCAUCAGCCUUUUACCUUUGGGACUGAUCUCGACGACCCUUUUUUCUACGAUAUACUUGGACCGGCUGAUUCUUCUGAGCCCUUGUUCGGUAUUCCUCAGCCGUUUUUUGAGCCCUCUCCGGCGCCGAGAAGAUUCAGACAUGUGUCAAAGGAGGAUGAAGAAUCUGAUGUUUUCUUACACGAUUUCCCUGCCGACAUGUUUGAUCAAGUUGAUGAUCAAACCACGAGUCCUUAG